ACAAGUUUACCGUGUUUGACGUCAUACAUGGGUUUUCCCAUGGUAAAGCAAUAAAAUCGAACACGCAAAUCGACAUGCAAAACGUGAUAAAAACAAAAGCUUAGCAUCUCAAGUGGUUGCCAUUGUUGUGUUGGAUUAAAGCGAGAUAUAUAUAUUUCGUAUAAGAUGUGCAUCUUAUCACCGUUACCGAUAGUUGUUGUUGGAAUGAUAUUUGUUGCCAUGGAAGUCUGGGCCUUUCCUGUGGAACGGAUUCAUCGGCAACUUAAUUUUGAUCCGCUAGAGAAUCAGAACGUAGACAUGCCAAUGAACAGUAUGCUGGUAGAGGGCGACGUCAAGAUAACCUUCGUAGACAUGCAGCGAGAUAUGCCCAACAACGAUGACGGAGGAACACGUGGUUACGGCCCAGUUAAGCCCCCCAAAACGCCGCGGCAAAACCCCGAAGUGUCAUCCAACCCGCUGUGGAUCGGCGGAGUGGUGCCCUAUGUACUGGACCCACUUCUUAACGAAACGGAAGUGCAAACGAUUCUCAAGGCGAUGUCCUUCAUGAUGAAAGUAACGUCAGAAUGCAUUAAGUUCAUCCCGAUGUCAUCCAGCGACCUUGACUUUGUAUUCAUAACCUCCAGCACUACUGGAUGCUACAGCGAAGUCGGACGUCAAGGGCGAGGAAAUCAGACGGUUUCCGUUUCACGUGCUUCCGACUGUGUCACACACGGGAUCGUCAUGCAUGAAUUAUUGCACGUGUUGGGCUUUUGGCACGAGCACACUCGACCCGACAGAGACCAAUACAUAGAAAUCCUGCAUCAUAACAUCCGAUUUGAUCACAAAACAGAUUUUGCCAUUAACCAGAACUCACAGAAUGUGCUAACUGUAUACGACUUCUACUCGAUACUUCACUACAAGACUAACCAAUUCUCCAUUGGCGAUAAUCUUAAAACAAUCCGAAUUCGAGAUGCCACUGUCGAUGAACGAAAGGUUGGGCAACGUUUCAAUCUCAGUUAUUUUGAUGUUUUGAGAAUCAAGCGUCUGUACGGCUGCGGAGAACUAACACGAACGCAAAUGAAACCCAAAGCAGAAAUGCUCAAAAGAGACGUCGCACAUACCGAAAUGGCUCCAAACCCCAGAACGUCCGCAUUAGGAUCAUUAGGAAAUAUGGUUGAGGAAACGCAAUCAACUAUGUAUGAAGGCGACAUUUCUACGACAUUUCCGGCCCAAAUGGGGCUCCGAAAGACGAUCAGACAUGCCGAUAUCGUGGAAACAGAAAUGUUGCACACGGUUUUUUAAUAGGACAACAUCAGUACAGUUUAUAAUGAAAAAGAAUAUGUUUAAUAUUAAUCUGUUUUUAGAAAUGUGCCGUUUUUGUUAAAAUUUUUGUUUCUAUUUUGUUGGGGUGCCAGUCUGUGAGUUUUUGUAUAUACAUUGUAUUUUAUGCUAAUGUGUUGUUAUUAAAAUUGAGUGUUAAAUAACCUCAAAAGGUCAGCGAUUGAGCAAGAAUUGGUUGGGACGAAAUUAAGCUUGAUUUGAGACCGGUAUUGGGGAGUACUCGAAAUUUGCAGUGGACGAGUGGACAUAUUUUGUUGACAAAAUACAUUCCAGUAAAUGACACAUGGUCUACCUUUAAAAAAAGCUCCUCAGAAUGCUAAUGAAUCAGCAAAUAUCAUCGGAGACGCUCUCUUUGAAUAACGUCCACACUCCAUGGAUCAUCAAAGCAAUCAAACCCCAACAGAGAAAAUGAAACACACUGUUCAAAUGCCAAAGAGAUACAGGGAAGCCAAAAGACAGACAUCGCUAUCUCCAGGCCAAAAACAACCACUCAACGACUAGAGAGGUAAGCUGACUGGUAUUUAAUUGAAAGCUUGAUAAAAAUCAGUGGCCCAGACCACGCAUGAUGUAAAAAGUGAAGCAUACUUUUCCCUUGUUCGCCGGGUCAUUGAAUACUGCAGCACUGUCUGUAAAUAAUACCAGGAGGAACAGAUGUAUGAUCAUCUGCAUAUUGUAUAGAAAACACAAACAGUAUCUCCGCCAUGCUUUACUGCCUACAGAGGGAAACUCUAGAGAAAAGAAGGAUCAAGGCCCAGCUGAAGAUAGCAAAUGAUCCCAUAGACAAGAAGGCCCAAGGCCCAGCUGAAGAUAGCAAAUGAUCCCAUAGACAAGAAGGACCAAGGCCCAGCCGAAGAUAGCAAUGAUCCCAUAGACAAGAAGGACCAAGGCCCAGCUGAAGAUAGCAAAUAAUCCCAUAGACGUCCCAUCCACACAUUACCUUUCCCCUUGCUCAAGUAGGACCCGGUCGAAUAACUCUAUCAAAUUCCUGCCGAUAUCGUCAUCUACAUCGUACAACAGACUUGCUCAUACAGGACCCGAUCGAAUCACUCUAUCAAGUUCCUGCCAAUAUCGUCAUCUACAUCGUAAUACAGACACAGCUUCGUCCCAAUAAUAAUUCCUACCUGGAACAGCUUACCAGUACCUGUUGCUGAAUACACUGACCUCGUAUCCUUCAAGCGGGUAGUAACAACGAUAACAUUCUUAACAACUCGUCAGUGCCAGCUACAAAGAAACACCUAACGAUCCAUCUCGGAUUUGCCGGUUGAGGUUCGAACCUCUUGAAUGCCACCGCAGCCGGAUAGGAAUGAGGAGUUGAAAAAAACGUGGCUUAUGACUCUUCUUUGCUGCCCUUUUGUCUUUUGAUUAACAAACUCGUCUUACUUUACUAUUUUUCGCUGUUUAUCUUAUUCCCUCACCACCCCUGCCGCAACAGUCAUGUUGGACUGCAGCGAUGUACCAUGUAGGUAUAGAUGCAGAAAAAUCGGUGUGCCACAUUCCAGUAAAGAAUAACUUCUCAAGUAUUAAGUUUUAUGAAGAUAAGAUAAUUUAAAAUUACUGGUUAUGUGAAGAUUGGAUAAAGUGAAUUUGGUCAAGAUCGAAUAUAGAAAUUGCCGAAGUCGGUGACGAUCGAAAAGUGUUAAAUAUCUGCGAACCACUGAAAAAGCAAAAUACUGAUAGCAAGAUCGAUCUGGGCGAGACUUCCUUAAACGAUGUAGUGGGGCGGAUAGGUGACAGUGGCUAGAUAUAGGGGCUAGCUGUGAGAUACGCCAUGCAUGCCUGUACAAAAAUACAGCUCCGAGCCAGUAAAGCGAAGAUCGGAGAAAGUACAUGUGAAUCGUUACGCGACUUAUAGUAGUAUAUGCAUUAUUCACCAAUAAUAAAAAUAAUAACAAGUAA